CAGUACUGAUCGUGCGGCUGUACUAUAGCUACUACACACUCUCUCUAACUGCAUGCGUCUAUAGCUAUAGACCACAACCUCCCAUCUAGCUAGUAUACUUCAAAGUCGUAAACUUGAAUGAAAUGAAAUGACUCAAUCGGUCUCGGUUGCACUAGAAACCAGAACAGUUAAUUCUGCUUCACAACAAUGGUCAUCCAAGCAUCUGAAAUAUUUCUAGCUCUGUCUAAUAUCUCAUCAGUCAUCAACGUGCUCAGGCACAUGCGCUUUGCGUUUCUGAAAGAAAACAGCCAAUCAGAUCCACUCCCAGACUUUGAUCUCGCUUCUAAUUGGCCAGUACAGACACACUUGAUUAUUAUCGAUUAUUAGUAUUUUUAUGCGAUAUGGCCCAAGUCGCCUCCGAAAAAUUAUCUCCCGUAGCUAAACCGAUGUACGUACUACCCUCGACUCUACACGACGAAUUAUCUAACAUGACGUGGCUAACAGGCAUCCAACUGCCUCUUACACCGAUAGGAACGCCAACGCAGAUCGCGCUGCUGACGCCGACCAAAGCACCGUGGAACAUUCGGAACGAGCACUGCGGCACGGACUCGCCGCCGACUAAACAUCGAACGCGAAGAAAGCGCUCCAAGGACGGCACGUGGAAGAAACCGCCGCUGCACUUUGCCACUCUGAUGUACAUUGCACUGACAAAUCAUCAACCACCACACCUCACGGCACCACAAAUUUGCAAAUAUAUUGCAGACCAUUUUCCAUAUUUUCAAACUGUGAACAGAAAUUGGAAGGUUACUGUCCGAAGUACCCUUGAGACGAGUGCCAGUUUUGUCAAGCUUACGGAUUCCGAGUGUCCCUUCUUCUGGACAGUGAGUCCAGACCAAAUACUAGCGUCACGGGAUGACAUUGGGAAAGCUCUGCAAGAGCAACGAGAUCACCUAACCACCUCAAUGUCAUGUCCAGAUGAGCUUCUAAGCUCUCCAUCCUUCCAGACACCUUACUCCCCUAUCGAAGACUACAUUCCAAUGAUACCAAUACCCUCUCAGCUAACAGACGUUGAGUCUCCCACAGGCCGAGAUGAACAACCAAAAACCCAAGGUAUCUCAUCAUUCGUUGAAUCUGAAGACUGGAAACUACCCAGCGAUGGUCUGCUAGCAGGAGGUGAAACAGGUUUACUACUUGACUCAUAGGUAUCAUUGCAGUCCACCCUGCAACUGAAGAAUUGAGUUCAAUUGACUUAGUAAUUUGCUGUGGGCUGUGACAUAAAUGGUACACACUACAGUACCAAGAUACUUUUCUUCGCAUUUGUACCAG